AUGGAGAGUCCAUGUGACACUGUGAUCCAAGACAUGGAUCUCUUAACGGAGAUCCUUCUCCGACUGCCAGUGAAACAAGUGAUUCAAUGCAAGUGCGUGUGCAAGAAAUGGUUGUCAAUCAUCUCCAACCCCAAAUUCCGUUAUUCACACACUUGUCAUUUAUACGGCAAGUACAACAUCCCUCCACCCACUGCUCUUUUGGUUCAGAAUUUCGGAGACACCAAGGCUAAAAGAGCUUCUAUUGUUCCCUUUCACACCAAUAAUAACAACGCCAACAAAAUCUUCUUCCAUCUUGAUCCUGAUCGACGCAAAUACAUGUCUUCUACUAUUAUACAUUCUUGUAAUGGUCUAUUACUAUGUAAUGUUACACCCACACCCCAUUCUGGUUUAACAACUUUUGAGAUACGACUAGAAUCCCACUUUCGCAUAUGCAACCCAGCCGUCAGCAAUGACCACUGCGUUUAUCUAGAUUACCCGCUUGGCGAUGUAGAUUCCCCAUGUAAUGAAGAUUUCUACAUAUUUGACCCUCUUAACUUGAAGGCAUAUCUUGUUUUCGAACCUCUGAAACAACCUCUUUCUUACAAAGUUAUUUUAUUUGGUGAAAUGGAAGCUCCGUUUGGACAUUAUUAUAGUCGUCUCAAUCAACUCAAACCCCGAAUUGGGAUUCGUUUGUAUUCCUCAGAGACGUCUUGUUGGAGUAGUGUUGUUUGCAAUCUUCCUAAUGAUUUACGUGUCCCAGAGGGAGUUUAUUGCAAUGAUUCGGAGCUCUUGUGUGUUAAGUAUUUAGGAGAAUGUAAAGGGAGGCUGCACUUGAUUCUAUCUGAUAGUUUGGAGUUUGAUAUUUGGGAAUUAGAGGAAGAUUACUCUUCAUGGGUUGCCAGAUACCGUGUCAAUCUUAAUCGCAUGCAUGAUGGGGAAUCGGCCUUGUGCUGGAAUGUUUCAAGUAAUCCAUUUUCUGUGUUAAGUUUUGUUCUUCGCCAAGAAGAAGAGGAGGAGGACUCCAUGCUUGUAUUGUUCAAAGAUGGUAAAAUAAUGUCUUAUAGCCUAAAAAAUUAUGGUUUGAGGGUUCUUUGUAAAUUAGAUAAAGUGCCUAGAUCUGUUCAUCACUACUUUGAGACUUUGUUAUGUGUUGGAAAUUCAUAG